GCUCGAGAGAUAGAGAAGUAGGACGAAGAAGGCGAAAGUGAAAGAAGAAAGAAAACUAAGUCAUUAGCUACUAAACAACUCUUUCACAACGAGAGAAGGAAAAAAAAAAGAUGAGAGCUUUAGAAGAAUCUAAGAUCUCUAUUGUUUUGUUGCUUCUUUGCUUCUCAAUCUUUGCCACUUUCAGUCUCCAGGCAAAUGAGGUAACAUCCCCCUCCUCUAAAGAAGGAGAGGUGAGAAUGGUGCCAUUAAUAGAGGAGAAGUUUAUGGUAAUGAAUGAAACAAGAAGGAAGCUUGGGAGUUUCCAGAUAUGUUCAGUUUGCACUUGUUGUGGAGGUGCAAAAGGAGUUUGCCUGCCUUUACCUUGUUGCUUUGCAAUUAACUGCAAUAUCCCAAAUAAACCCUUUGGUUAUUGCUCCUUCACUCCCAAAUCCUGCAAUUGCUUUGGUUGCCAUAGCUGAGAUCUUUCCUUUUGGGGCAGAGAGGAAGAAUAAACCAACAUCUUGAUUUCAUAUGCAAGUGUGAAAGGGAAGAAAAAAGGAAUAUGUGUUCUUGGUUUGGUUCUUUAUUUUUAUUUUUUUUGUUUAUAAUUUUAUUUUCAGUCUUCUCUAAAUUUCAUUACCUACUAUCUUCAGCAACAUCAUCAUCCUCAUUAAUUAAUUAUCUUUUUGCAUUGC